UCUCCAUCCUUCUCCGUUCUUGUCGCGUGCCUCUGGGUUCCAUCUCAGCGCCAACCCGGGGAACUUGCCUGCUCGGAACUGUCACGACUGACAAGAACCUCAAAACCUGGUUCAGCGAACGGGAGGGAACCUGGGGACACUGGAGGAGAGCAAGGUGUCAAGCAAACGAUCAUCACUCUCUCCACAUCUGAAAGCUGGGCAGAGCAGCUAGUCGCCGACUGAAUCACAUUAAUCAGUUAGCCCACGGUUAGUGCCUGGAACCCGCCCGCACAAAGCCAAAGACCGCGCGAGGCCAUACCCCACAGCCCGUCAUGCCGUACUAUAGCAGGAAACCCGCCCACAUGUCGCUGGAGACGGCCCUGGAGGAAGAACGCCGGGAGCUGCUGGAGGAGAUGGGCGAGGGUCCCUCGCCCGCCUCGUACCGGCGCCGGAGCCUGCUGGACAUCUCUCCGAGUCCCGGCUUCUUGCCCCCGCGGCAUGGCUCCAUCGCCGGCAUUGGCGUUGGCGUGACUUCCCCCUCGUCUUCGGCCGUCCGUCAUCCUAGUUCACACUACUCGUCCUAUUAUUCCUCGCCGUCUCCGCUUCCUUCAUCUUCACGCCGCUCCUCCACCAGUCCCUCUUCCACCGCGACUGCGACAACUUUCAACCUGACGCCGGCAACCCCAACCACGCCUCAACCAUCCCCUCGCACCACGACUACGGCAACCACCACGUCCGCCGUGGCGCCCCCUUUACCUUCUGCGCAGAGGAAAGGCUCCGUCCAAUCCGACGGGUCUGUUUCCCCCACCCGAUCCACCGACUUGGUGUCAGGCGACAAGGAAAAGUCCGGAGACAACAACACCAACAACGGCACCAGCAGCGAACCCAAAAUUAAGCCGGAACACAAGUCUGGCCCCAGCAUCCGCUGGGAUUCGUCCACCGACAUGCCGCCCAGCGUCGCCAACCGCAAUGCAUCCAGACGCACUGCUCAGCCGCAGGAGAAGUCAUCCAAUCGGCUGCCAAGCAUGGCGGCGGUGAUGUCGGGGCUCGACUUGAAAGUCGGAUUCCCGAGUUUUGUCAGAGGUAGAGACUCCAGCCGGAGCAACUCCACGCGGGGAGCAUCCCUGGAUUCACGGGUCUCUUCACUCCGACCGGGUCGCUCCAACUCCCCGAAACGCCGCUGGCUGAGCCCCAAUGCGCGUGGCCAGGUCGCCGAUCCGGGGAAACCUGUGGUGGCCAUGAAAAAAGACACCAGCCCUCCGACGAAUAUGACCAAAGAACCCAGUCCGGAAUCCCGCCCUGGGUCCCCAGAAGUGGAAGCCAAGUCGUCAGCUCCAGGUGAGGCGCGACUGGAGAAAGAUCAUUUUGACAAUGAGAACAAUCCGAUUGAGACCAGCGACGAGGAUGUCGGCGAAUCUACCUCCAGUGAUGACGAGGCCGGUCAUGAGGACGACUCGGAAGUCAAGCGUGGCAGGAAGAAAACCGUCGACAAAGAACCCCCCACCAACACUGGCCAAAAGCAACCUACUACCACGAAGACUGCGCCUGUAUUCCGUUCAGAUAAUGACUUAACCGGAAAGGCAGAGUUGAUGCACACUGCAAAACAAGGCCCAGUGCCGAAGAAGCCUGAUGUCCAUCCACGGACAAGCUUCGACUCGGCCUCGGCGACCAACACUCCGUUCGGAUCUGAGGAUGAAGCUGAGCUGUGCGAUAUCAAGCGGGCCCAGAAAUUGGGCAUUCAAAUGUCCGCUAUCGACAGUACCGUUCAACAUCGAUCCAUCCGGACCAUCAUCCGCGGAGACUACACCGAUCUGCAGGAAGAGACGGAGGGCAGCCGCCGACGGCAACGCAAGUACCUCGUUGCCACAGACUUGAGUGAGGAAUCAGUGUAUGCGUUAGAGUGGACGAUCGGAACUAUCUUGCGCGACGGAGACACCAUGUAUGCGGUCUGCGCCAUGCACGAUGAGACGGCUACACCGGCAUCGGUGCAAAUUGGUGACGGGGCCAAGGCGAUGCAAGAUGCGGCGGCCGUGGUCGGCUCGCAGACAGCAGAGACGGCAGAAAAGGCCCAGAAUGAUUCGAACUCCCAUCUUCCCCGCGCGCUCUUUGGUCGUCUGGGAUCGGACAGCAAGCCGGGCUCAGUCGAUGCUCGAGGCAUGUCCAAGGCCGAGUCGGAACGCGUCCAUGCCGUCGAGGUUAUUUCCCAAACCUGCGUUCGGCUUUUGCGGAAGACGCUGCUCCAGGUCCGCGUGGCCGUCGAGGCGAUCCAUUGCAAGAGCCCGAAGCACAUGAUCACCGAAGCUAUUGACGGACUCGAUCCAACAUUGGUGAUCGUCGGUGCGAGAGGCCGCAGCGCACUCAAGGGCGUCCUCCUCGGCUCCUUUUCCAACUACCUGGUCAUGCACUCCUCCGUUCCCGUAAUGGUUGCCCGCAAAAAGCUGAAGCAAACCAAAAACAAGAAAACGACCGUCCGCCUCUCCAACAACCUAACCACGCCUAAGAAACUAGCCCUAGCAAAGAUCGACUAGAAAAUGUUCCCUCCUUCCUCCCUCCUCCCUUUCUCCUUUCUUUUCUCCUCCUUGCCUUUAAUCCUUACGAUACCGAUUCAUGGCGGUCCGGCGCAUAGGCAUUUUAUGGUCGAAAUCUGAUUAUUCCUUAUUUCCAUCCAAGUUGUUCGCUUUCUUCGCUUCUGAACAUGUAUGAUUAGGAUUCUUUCUGACGACGGACGGAUAUGAUGAACUACAUUAUUAGCUCUAAAAAUUAAAAAUUAAUGACACCUUUUUGCUGAGAAGAUUA